UAGACAGUAUAAAUCAUCACAUUCACAGAUGCCUGGUUCACUUGCAGCCUGACGCCUGUUGAUACGCCACUGUUGAUACCUUGCUGACUCCGACAUGAAGCUUCUGAUCCUAGCCGCCGUGAUUGUAGCCGUCUCCGCUUUUCCAGAGCCGGACUGGAUGGAAUCUGUCCCUCAUGGUGAAUGGGGAGAUUGGUACUGCGACGGUCUGGAGAAGUUCCGUGACCGUGUCGACUGCGAGACGAAAGGCUUCGACUGUAUCUACAAGAGAGAGAUUGGACUCUGCGAAGGAGGCGAAACCCAUGCCCUGGGCGAAUGGAGUGAAUGGGGAGCAUGCAUCUACAACAUCCAGAGCCGCCACCGAGAAUGCUCCCAGCGCCCAUGCGCCGGAGAGUUUGAGAAAGCUAGGGUCUGUUAGUGAAGUAUUAAGUCACAAGCAGAGCCUCAAGAUUCUUCGUGCAGCUUGUAUCAUUGCAUUGUUUUCUUUGAAUAAAUCGCUGCGACAUUCUAAUCGCCAACUGUA